AGCUCUCUAGCUAUCGUUUUAUGUUCGUUUUUGUUUCUCUUACUAAAUAAAUUCUUUUUUUAUUUUUUUAUUUUUUUAUUUUUUUUGAAUAGAAAGCGUUCCAACUUCCCACGAUGUCUAUUCCCCCAGGGCGGACAACAGCCGACGUUAGCAAUAUCGUGCCUAUUCCCAAGGAGUACACCCAUCAAACAGAUCUAGAAACCAUAGUCACACGGUACAAAACUCUCCGGUUAAAAGGCCUUGAAGAAAACCCAGAAGCCUUCAGCUCUAAAUACGAGGACGAAGUUAAAUUCCCAUAUGAGAAGUGGCUAGCUCGGGUGAACAAUCCACAAGCGCGUACUUUUAUCGCGUUGGCCUUGGAUACCGACCAAGUAGGACGGAAGUACGAUGUUGCAGAUCAUCUAGCGCUUCUCUUAAGUCAAGAAUGGCUGGGUACGGUCACAAUAGUAGGGCCUAGAAUUCUACCCGAAGACGACAAAACUCUUUCAAAAGCACCAUGGGAUGUAUUCCUUCCACGGGAGGUGCCAGUUGCAUCUAGGGGGUUGUUUCGCAAUUCUACUUUGACGUAUAUGCUUGGCGGAAUGUUCGUUCUUGAGGCUGGAAGACGAAAAGGGCACGCCCGUCGCAUGAUUGAACAGGCUGUUAAGGAGGUUCGGGCGGAAGCUACUGGAGUAGGGGCCAGUCGUGCUUUGGUGGUAUCUAUUACAGAGCGAAAUAAUGACGCUGCACGACGGUUGUAUGAAGGUUGCUCAUUUGAUGUGUGGGAUGGUGAGCUUGUGCUGCAAAUUCCACGCGAGCAGGAGUGCGUUGCUAUGGUUUUGGAUGUUCAACUCUAGAGUUUGGGAGAGCAAGGAAAUGUGGAGUAGUUAGGUGUGUUUGAUACAAUCAUGCAAAUAUUCUGGGUAUUUAUAGUAUAUAAGCCUGCUUGCACUUCGUCCUACUAAGCUUAUAAUAGGGAUGGCAUAGUGUCGGCACCUGUGCCCAUGUCAUGGCCCUAUAUAGGCUUCAAUCUUGGCCUUGAUGAGGCUUGGACAAUGGAGUAGACGGGAUGGCGAACGGUGAUCACUAAGGGUAGUGUUCCUCUCUUGAUUCGAAAUCCUUGUAUCCGCAACUAGUGUCGCCCGGAGAAGGGACAGCAAUCGAUAAUGUGGAUCU